AACCAACAUUUGUCAAAAAUCGAAAAUUUGUUUGCGGCUUGUUAAAAGCGCGCGAAGUUUUUGUUUCCAAAUAAACCGAGAUUUGUGUAUAAUUCUCCAAUAUUUAUUUGGUACUCAGUUUUUGAGCAGUGUUUUGAUUUAAAACGUCAUUUUGGCAAUUAUUUUCCAGUCCGAAAUUCCUAUCACAACCCCGCAAAAUUGUGGAACAGCAACGUGCAAUUUUAAUCCAUUUUUUAUGCAUAUAAAUGCAUUUUUAAAGCAACCUUAUUUACGUUUGUUAUUUUGUAAACGUGUGCUUUGUUAUAGUUUUUUUUUUAAUUUCCAAUGGAUCCAAAUAAUAUGCUAUUCCGUUUGGAAGACCUCACAUAUGACAGAGUAUUGAGCGAGUACGGUAUAACUGAAGAACUAAGAAAUGAAAAUCCCGGUUUAUAUAAACAAUUUGUGGAGGAUUUCAUUCCCACACGUGAAGAUGUCGAGCGUCAAAUUGAUGAAGCAAGUCUAAAGGAGUUAUGUACACGUUUGCCUUGUCGUGUUUUAAUGCAUCGUUGGAAUCCAGUACAUGACUUUAUUGACCAGUUUACACGCCAAGGGCGUAUACAACGUUGGACACCAGAGAAAACGGAAAAGCUUUUAGCAAAAGCAGUAAAUCGCUAUAAAAAUGAAUGCCUCUAUAGUGAUGAUGAAAUACGCAAGCAACGUGAAAGGGAAUGGUGUGAAAGAAAAAAAGAAAAUUUAAUGCGUCUACAGGUUUGGGAAUACGAUCGAAAUCAACAGGAGCAAAAUCAUGGACAACAACAACAACAGGGCAAUUUAAGUUAUUUAGAAGAUGUCGAAGACGAUAGUACCAUUCAAAGCGAAGAAAUGGAAAUGCUAACAGUAGAAGAAGAACCGAUACAAAUCGAAGAAUCGGAGAUUACAUCAACACCUUCGGAUUUACCAAUACCGCCCUUGAAACCGAUACAAAUCGAAGAAUCGGAGAUUACAUCAACACCUUCGGAUUUACCAAUACCGCCCUUAAGUCAAAGUAAUCACUUCAACUCAGCAGACUUUAGGUUGAAUCCACCAAAUUCCUUACCAAAUACUCAAAAUACCGAAGAGCUAGCAGGCAGAGAAUAUAUAGAGAUGGUGCAAAAAUUAAAUACAAAUUCUGGACCUUAUUUAAUUGAUUAUAUCAAUGUCAAUACUGAGUCGAUGCCAUUUGACGAAUCAACGACAGUUUCGGAAGAUUUAAUUGCUGAGGAGUGCACACCCCCGUAUUAUGAAUUCAAUACACACAUAUCUAUGACUUCAACUCAAUCGCCGACCGCCAAGUAAAUUAUUUAUUAUCCUGUACGCCACAUACUGAUGCGUCUGUUUAAUUUAGAUACAUUUAAAGUUGAGUGCCAAACAAAAGUUGUGUUUAUUGAGCUGCUCUAGGUUAAAGCAUAAACAGACGGCAGCGUUGAUCCGGAUCAACUCGGGGAAUUAACUGCAGUUGAUCCGGAUUAACCCGGAUCAACGCUGCCGUCUGUUUGAGCUUUUACGCAUCGUAAAUGGGGAGCGAAAAACCCGCCUAAGGCAAAGAUAAUAGUGACGCGACAAAGAGAGCGACAAGACAUUUUCGGAUAAUAGGUUAAUUCCUUAUCUUUUCGGACUAAAAUCUGAAAAGUGUCAAAAUGCAAGAGCGUAAGCGAAAUGCGCUCACUAAAAGAGAAUAACA